AUGUCUGCACAUCCUAAAACAACAAUUCGUAUUGCCUCAAAAUCAUUGCGUGUACCUUUCUUAUUGCAACGUAUUCUAUCCUCCGGUCUACCAUUCAAAGGAUUGAUGUGCUAUGCUGUGGAAGAAGCUCAAUUUUUAUCCAGUUUAGGAUUCGAUGAUUUAUUGAUAGCGUAUCCCUCACAACAGCUAUCGGAUUAUAGAAUUUUGAGAGAUUUACAUGAUCAUCAAAAGAAAACAGUCAGUAUUGUUGUUGAUCAUCCAAAAUCGAUCAAUGAAUUGAAUGAUUACAUGAAAGGAAUCAGUCGACCGUUUCCAGUUAUCUUAGAAUUUGACGUCUCAUUCAGAGCCUUAGGCGGGCGUAUUCAUAUAGGUGCACGCCGGAGUCCAAUACGAACUAUUGCUCAACUCAUUGAAAUGAUUGAAUUUAUUCAACAACUACCGUAUCUUCACUUAGAAGGUCUCAUGGUCUAUGAAAGUCAUAUUGCUGGCAUGGGUGAUACAAAUCCUAAUCAUUUCUGGUUGAAUCCAUUGAUUCGUUACGUUAAACGUAUGUCGAUGUCUCGGAUUCAACAACUUCGACGAGAAAUGAAGCAACUCUGUUCAAAAUAUGGCUUAAAUCUAUUAAAUGGAGGUGGUACCGGCAGUCUAAUGGCAGCUCUUGAAGAAACUACUGUUCUAACCGAAAUUACCAUCGGUUCCGGAUUCUUUCAACCUCAUCUGUUUGAUCACUACCAGCAAAAUCAAGCGAUGAUCAACCACUUUCAUUCUACAUUUGUACCAUCGUGUUAUUUUGCUUUACCCGUUGUACGUAUAUCAGAUGAAGGUGAAUGGGUGACAUGCGCUGGCGGUGGUUAUGUCGCAUCGGGUCGGCCAGGAUGGGAUAAAGUGCCACUACCAGUCUUUCCAGUAGGAUUAUCAUUGAAUAAUAAUGAAGGAGCCGGAGAAGUACAAACGCCACUAAGGAUUGAUCCGAAUCUUAGGAAUGAAACGAUGCACUUCUUCGAACAAAAUCGAGUGGUUUAUUUUCGGCAUGCAAAAGCCGGUGAGUUGGCUGAGCGAUUUAACUUUUGUUUCAUAGUAGAUGGUGGGCACAUCAUUGAAAUAGUUAAAACCUACCGAGGAUACGGACAGUGUUUUUUCUAA